AUGCCCGUAGCUAUCGUCACCGGAGCCUCUCAAGGCAUUGGCCGCGCAAUUGCCCUGCGGCUGGCAGAGGAUGGGUUCGACCUGGCUGUCAAUGACCUGCCGUCCCAGCAGCAGAAACUUGACGAACUGGAUCACGAGAUUCGUGCUCGGGGUAGAAAGGCCGUUGUCAUCACAGGUGACGUUAGUGAUGAGACCGACGUGCAGCGUCUCGUAGACGACACAGUCUCCGCUCUGGGCGAACUCAACGUCAUGGUUGCCAAUGCCGGCAUGAUGAUGAUGAAGGGGCUGUUGGAUCUGAGCGUCUCGGAAUUCGACAAAAUACAAGCCGUCAACGUGAAGGGAGUCUUUCUCUGCUAUCAAAAGGCCGCCAAGCAGAUGAUCUAUCAAGGAAAGGGAGGGAGAAUCGUGGGCGCUUGUUCCAUUUCUGGCUACAGACCGCAGCCUACAGCUCUGGCCUAUGGAGUGAGCAAAUGGGCCGUCCGGGGCCUGACGCAAGCUUCCGCAAUCGAAUUGGCGCCUCAUGAUAUAAACGUCAACGCGUAUUGCCCGGGCAUGGUGAAGACCCCAAUGUGGGAUCAUAUUGAUGCGACUAUCUCUGACAAGAUGGGCGUUCCGCUUGGCUAUGUUUGGGACAAGGCCGUCAAUGAGAGACCCGCGAUGAAGAAACCGGCUACAGUGGAAGAUAUAGCAGGCUGUGUGAGCUUCCUAGUGGGAAAGGAUUCAAAGUUGAUCACGGGCCAGAGUGUCAUUGUUGAUGGAGGCAUCCAGUUUUCCUGA